GAUUAAAGCGACGGAAAGAACAGAACACACACACUCACACACACACUCUCUCACAUACACACACAGAUAUAUAUAGAGAGAGUUUUAUAUAUAUAUAUUGAGACAGAGAGAGACAGGGAUCCAGGAUGGAGCGAGUCUUGUGGACACUUUGGCUGCUCUCCUGCGCGCUCCUGGUGAUGUUCGGGUCCGCGCAGGACUUCGGCGCCACGCAGUUCGUGUGCACGUCGGUGCCGAAGGACGCGGAUCUGUGCGCGGCCACCAUGCAGAACAGCGCGCCGGCGGAGGACCUGAAGAGCACCGUGCUGCAGCUCCGGGAGACCGUCCUCCAGCAGAAGGAGACCAUCAUGAGCCAGAAGGAGACCAUCCGGGAGCUGACGGGCAAGCUGAGCCGCUGCGAGGGCGCGCAGGAGGACGGAGGAGGAGCAGGAGGAGCAGGAGGAGGAGGAGCGGCGCAGAAACCCGGCGGGCGCAGGAAGGAGCCGGGCAAGAACACCAUGGGGGACGUGUCCAGGACACCCGGGGACACCCUGGCGCAGCUCGGCCUGACUUUGGCCACGCUCAAGCAGAGGCUGGAGAACCUGGAGCAGUACAGUCGGACGAACGGCUCGGUGCAGGCCAACAGCCUGAAGGAUUUACUGCAGAAUAAAAUCGAUGACAUGGAGAAGCAGGUCCUGUCCCGGGUCAACACGCUGGAGGAGACCAAAGCAGGAGCGAGUAAUGACACAGAGCAGCGCAACCGCGUGGAGGCGACACUGAGCACGCUACACCACCGAGUCACUGACCUGGAGAAAGGUCCUAAAGGCAGCAGACCCAUGGAUAAGUUCCAGCUGACGUUCCCGUUACGCACCAACUACAUGUACGCCAAAGUGAAGCGCAGUCUGCCAGAGAUGUACGCCUUCACGCUGUGCCUGUGGAUCAAAUCCAACGCCUCGCCCGGAGUGGGGACGCCGUUCUCCUACGCCGUGCCGGGGCAGUCCAACGAGCUUGUGCUCAUCGAGUGGGGAAACAAUCCCAUGGAAAUCCUCAUCAAUGACAAGGUGGCAAAACUUCCCUUCCUGAUAAAUGAUGGGAAAUGGCAUCACAUCUGCAUCACGUGGACGACACGUGAUGGCGUUUGGGAAGCGUUUCAGGACGGCGUCCUACGUGGAACCGGAGAAAACCUGGCUCCGUAUCAUCCCAUCAAACCAAACGGAGUUCUGGUCCUGGGCCAGGAGCAGGACAUGUUGGGCGGGGGAUUCGACGCCACGCAGGCGUUUGUCGGCGAGCUGGCGAAUUUCAACGUCUGGGACAAGAAGCUAGCGUCUGGCGAGAUCUACAACCUGGCGACCUGCAACAGCCGAGCGCAAUCCGGCAACGUUCUGUCCUGGUCGGAGACGAGCAUCGAGGUGUUCGGCGGCGCCACCAAGGGGACUUUCGAGCCGUGCCGUCCGCUCAACUGAACUGCUACAGGGAAAUGAGAAAAAAAUAAUAAUAAAAGAAAUAAAAACAGAGCCGAUCCGAGAUGCGAUAUUUCUAAAGCUUGUGUCCUUACAUGUCUUCAUUUUGACGUUGAUUUAAAACAAAA